AUGUCAAGAUUUUUGACGUUCAGAGGUUUUAGGAAAGUUGCAAAUUCCUUUGUUACAAGCCAGAAACACAGCUGUCUAGAAGCGGACAAGUAUGGGACAUUUGUUAGAGUUGGCCUCCGUCUUCCCCAAUACAGAUUCUACAGGGACUAUACGUUUCCUGCUAGAGGAAAUACCCCAUUCUCAUUGUACAAUACCGCCAACAUUUUUUACCGGAGUAAUUAUUCCAGGUGUUUUGCGGUCAUUCCAGCAAGAAGUGCAGUGAGACAUCGUGCCCAACUUGCUUGGAAAAGGCUCUCCGAUAGAUUUUCUUUUAAUGGUCGUGGAUUUUCAGGUAUAACUAAUAUUGCUCAAGCUUUCAGCUUGGCUGUAACCCGCUCUAAUCUCAUACUUCCUGGUAUUUUUGCCAUCACAAGUGGGAAACUAGCAUGGGCGCAGAGGUCUUUUUCAGAAACGGACUACCACCCAUCACCAAAUACAUUGUACAUGCGUGCACAAGAUGGACAUGCUUUUAUGACCUCAUUAGUGUUUUCAGUUUUUGAAGGUGCAAUCUUGGUUAUGAGAGCACUCUAUCUAGGGAUCUUGUUCUCACCCAGUAUAAUGAUGGCUGCUUUUGCUGACUGCUGUGGACCUGAGUUUAGGAGAUUGUGGCUUCAUGUUGUUCACCGUACAUUGGAAUUGGCAGGUCCAGCUUUCAUCAAAUGGGGUCAAUGGGCAGCUACACGGCCUGAUCUCUUCCCGAGAGAUUUAUGCACCAAGCUCUCAGAGCUUCACACCAAAGCUCCUGAACAUAGCUUUGCCUACACGAAGAAAACUAUCGAACGAGCGUUUGGCCGCAAGCUCCCUGAGAUUUUUGAUAAUUUUGAAGAGAAACCAGUAGCAUCUGGAAGUAUUGCUCAAGUGCAUCGAGCUACUUUAAGAUUUAGGUACCCUGGUCAACAGGUGAAGCCCAUAGUAGUUGCCGUAAAGGUUAGGCAUCCUGGUGUUGGUGAAUCGAUUAGGAGAGAUUUUGUUAUAAUCAAUCUAGUAGCAAAAAUUUCAAAGUUCAUUCCUGCUUUAAAGUGGUGGAGAUUGGAUGAGAGUGUACAGCAGUUUGCAGUUUUUAUGAUGUCUCAAGUUGAUCUUGCAAGGGAAGCUGCCCAUUUGAGUCGCUUUAUAUAUAAUUUCCGUAGAUGGAAGGAUGUCUCUUUCCCCAAGCCUUUGUAUCCACUUGUGCAUCCUGCUGUUUUGGUGGAAACUUAUGAACAAGGGGAAUGUGUCUCACACUAUGUUGAUGAUCUUGAGGGCCAUGAUCGGAUUAAAUCUGCACUUGCUCACAUUGGGACACACGCACUUUUGAAGAUGCUCCUGGUGGACAACUUUAUUCAUGCAGACAUGCAUCCUGGAAAUAUCCUUGUCCGGGUGGCUCAGAGCAAGUCUUCUCGGAAGCGACUCUUCAAAUCAAAGCCUCAUGUCAUUUUCCUUGACGUAGGCAUGACUGCUGAACUCUCUAAAAGUGAUAGAGUAAAUUUAGUGGAAUUUUUCAAGGCUGUUGCUCUUCGUGAUGGGCGUACUGCUGCUGAGUGCACGCUCAGACUAUCAAAGCAACAGAAGUGCCCAGAUCCGAAGGCUUUCAUUGAGGAAGUGGAGGAGUCAUUCGCUUUCUGGGGUACUCCAGAAGGUGAUCUGGUCCAUCCUGCUGAGUGUAUGCAGCAGUUACUGGAGAAAGUUAGGCGUCAUAGAGUCAAUGUUGAUGGCAAUGUCUGUACUGUCAUGGUAACCACUUUGGUUCUUGAGGGAUGGCAGAGGAAACUUGAUCCCGGGUACAAUGUCAUGCAAACGUUGCAAACACUGCUUCUCAAAGCUGACUGGGCAAAGUCCCUUUCCUACACGAUUGAGGGGCUAAUGGCUCCAUAA